AUGUUGGAAUCUCAGGCUCGUAUCUCAGAUUUAGUUGAACGAACUGAACGUGCCGAGCAGAAUUCGUUACUGAGUACUCAGAAACUGGCCAAUACGUCUGCUAAUGUUGAGGCUCAGGAUAAAUCUAAGAAUGAAGUAAGAGAAGAAUUACAGAAGUUACAGAUUAGUUACGCUAGAAUAGAGGCAGAAUUAAAACAUGAAAAACAACGAGCUGACAUGCUACAGGAAGACUUACUCGAUUCUCAAAAGGUGAGAACCAGUCUAGAAGCUCUGUGUGCCAAUCUGAAAUCUACCAGCAGUCAUCUAGAAGAGAAACUCAAUAAUCAGCUAGAAAAUGGAAGUAGUACUGAGAAAGACGUGGUAGAACAACUUCGUAAAGAAUUAGAAGCUAAAUAUAGAAUGGAGUUAAAUCGUAAACUAGAUGAGGUCAAUCUAUAUUUAGAAGAACAGAGUCGAGCUCGCGAUAAAUUAGAUAGAUCCAGGGGAGAUAACGAGAAUAAAAUUCUAUCGGAUAAGAAACGUCUUGAUGAUGAAAAUACGAGUUUAAAGUUGAAGUAUGAACAGGCCGUAGCGGCAAGAGAAAGUAAAGAAAUAGAAUCAAGACGAUAUCGUGAUCUUUACGAGAGUGAAAUGAGAUGGAGGCUAAGAUUAAGCGAUCAGUUACAAGAGACGACUGAUAAAACUUUAAGUCUCAAAUCAAAAUUAGCGUAA